AUGCCGAGGUUGCCAUCCUCGUCAUCCACGACGAUUUGGAUGGACAUUUCCGAAUAUACGACUUCUGGCAGACGCAUAUGCCGAAGAGGCCAACGCGACUACGUUCCAGACUUGUCCAGCUUCGGCGGCGAAGUCCUCCCUGCCGAGAUCCUCGUCAAGGACCCCUCGGAAUGGGGCCCGAUCGAUCUUCCCGGCUUUCUGGCCCGCAACAGUAAAGCCACCCGAGAGCCUGAGAUCAUGGCCUUCGCUAGAUCCCUUCGUGAAAAAUACAAACGCGUUGGCGCGAUCGGUUUCUGUUACGGCGGCUGGGCCGUGUUCCGUCUUGGAGCCAAAGAAAAUAAUGGUAUGGUAGAUUGUAUCUCAACAGCGCACCCUUCUCUGCUCACCAAGGAGGGGAUCCAGGAAGUUGGUGUGCCAGUCUAUAUCAUGGCGGCGGAGGUCGACCCCAUGUUCACGUCAGAACUCAAGGAGUUCAGUAAUCGAGUCAUCCCCUCACUCGAGGUAGAUUAUGAUUAUCAGUACUUCCCAGGCUUGGUGCAUGCGUUUGCAGUCAGAGGCAAUCGGGCGGAUGAGGCUGAGAUGAAAGGGCUGGAGAGGGCGAAGAAUGCGGCAGUGCAUUGGUUUAAGCAGUGGUUGCACUAA